CCCAGGAGGAGCAGCGGGCUGGGUUCUCUCUGAAUACCGGUGUGAAACGGAGCGGUUUCCUACGCCUGUUUUCUGACACUCAGAGCUGAAAGUGACUCUAAUGGCGACAGAGAAUCAGAGCGGACUGAAUCAGAGGGGAACCGAGCGGCUGGAUUCACCUUGCUUCACUCCUCGGCGCUCCUCAACACCCUCUAACACCUGCUGAGGAGAGAAGACCGGAGCGGGGUGAUCUGAGAGUGAGAGUGAGAGCGGCGCCGAGCUGAGCUGAGCAGGUAUGAUCGACACACCCAAAUGCAAUAUGGACUCACAGAGGAACCAAUGGGAGCCUGGCCAGAUUCCCCCCUGGAUCACCCGAUUGGCAGGUGAUGAACGAAGCCCUGCCUCUUCAGGGGCAGAGUCAGACACUGAGGGCAGCAGCACUGAAAGCGAGUGGUCCAAUGUCAGACGAAUGGACUCCUUCAAGGCCCUGACCACACCCAGCGCACUGCAGCAGCGAAUCACAGAGCUCGACCAGCAGAGGGAGGAGCUAAAGAUAGAGCUGCAGCUGGAGAUAGCUCUGCUGCGUGGGGAGCUGCAGACAGAACAGGAGAAUCUGCGCAAACACACUGUACAGCUGCAGACGCUGAAGGAGACAAGCAGACAGAAGCAGACGCAGACACAGGCUGUCAUACAGCAGGAGCGUGAGCAGCUGGAGAAGGAGAGGCUGCGGGUGGAGGAGCUGAAGAAGUCGUGGACAGAGAAAGAGAAGAAACUCCACACCCAGCCAGAGAGCCAGAAGGAGCAGCUUAUGACCCAACUCCAACAGGAGAAGGACGCAGUGGACAGCGCAGUGCGGGCAUUCGAGGACUGGGAGUUCCGCAUUCUGGAGCUGGAGAGUGGCCUGGAGGAGGAGACCAGCCAUGGAGAAACAGAGAGAGAGAUAAGCCAAGAGGAACAUGCCGUAAACAAAGCUCAGGAGCGAGUCCAGGCGCUGGAGCAGCAGCUGAGAGAGAUGGAGAAAGAGAAGGAGAGAGAGAUGAAUUCAUUCCGUCAGGAGAAGAGAGAGCUGAUCCACAAAUCACAGCGGAUUUCAAAAGAGAAAACUCUCAGUGAUUGGCCCAGAAUCACUGGCCCCACCUCCAGCAUGACAUCACUAUCUCCGGUGAUCUCUCACAAACCAGUACAGGACCCACUGAAGGAGCUGUCGAGUUCAUCACGCAGACGCAGUUCUCACCGCAAGACUGCAGAACGGCCGCUCUCAACACAAGGGCUGGUGAGGAUGGGACCCGACAGGUUGAGUCCUGAAGCUCUCACUCCUCCUCUUCCUAACCCUGCACAUAGACUGGCUAACGGGAAUGCUAGUGGUAGGCCUAGUGCUAAUGGGAACACUAACGAAAGGCCUAAUGCUAAUGGGAACACUAAUGGCUUUCUCACGCCAUGUAAUAGCACCAACAGCUCCAGAGCUGCCAGUCCCAGUCUGUGUCUGCUGGACCUGGUGGAGAUUGAGAGGAAGCUGCGUGAGGCUAAAGCGGAGAGAGAACGGCUGCUGAAGGAGAGAGAAGAGCGGAGACAGAAGGAGCUGGAGGCACUGAAUACACACAAUCACACACAUCUGAACACACCUCAGCACACCAUCACAAACAUACUUGAACACACUCCCCCCAGCACACACUCCAAAACACCCCCUGAUAUACACACUGAGAAGGAGGAACAGAGAGUCAGUCCAGCUCACAAAACCUCCCAGCAGGGUGUCCCCCUGUCCCUGACGGUGAACUUUGACCUGCGGGCCCAUGUGGAAUCUCUGGGUCAUGGCGUGGCGGGGUGUAUGGGUGUCAGUUUAUAUGCGCGGAGAUGCGAGGGCUUCCUGACGAAGCGUGGCGGCCGGGUGAAGACCUGGAGGAGGAGAUUUUUCCUGUUUGAUCUGGACCACCGUAGACUCGCAUAUUACACCGAUCAUGAUGAGAGGAAGCUGAAGGGGGUGAUUUACUUUCAGGCCAUAGAGGAAGUUUACUAUGACCAUCUGCGUACAGCUACCACAUCUCCUCGGCCCAGUCUGACAUUCUGUGUAAAAACAUAUGAGCGGCUCUUCUUCCUCGUGGCUCCAAGUGCCGAGAGCAUGCGGAUAUGGAUGGACGUCAUCGUCACGGCAACAGAUGAGCACAGCAGAUACUGACCACCAUUUGCCAUAGCGACCUCAAACCUGGAAUCGCAUAACCCAACAAUAAAAGACAAAAUCAGGAGAAAACUGAGCCUGAGCCUAGAGCAGGAGUGAACAUGGACCAGCCUGGAAAAGCUGACAAUCCGUCAGCUGAGCUGAGCUUACAGGAGUAAACAGAAUACACAAUAAUCAAAACAGGACUCACCUGAGGGUGAAGCUCACCCUCAGAUCAGCCUGAAAAGAGAGACAGUUUGCAAGCAGGUCUGUAGGACCUCACAUAACAUGAACUUUCACAGGGAAUUUUAGCCUUAGUGGUGUCUGUUCUAUUUAUAAACCAGAAAGAAGAGUCCCGCACUCUACACAAAAA